AUGAUUUUCCGCGUAGCUGAUUUGGAUCACCACAUGUUGUCAGCACUGCGUACGUUGGCUGUUCGACCAACUUCUCAUCUGGUCGCAAGGAGUGUAUCCACUGAGCCAGCUGAAGCUCCUAAAGGAAUUGGUAAAACAGGAACCCCCUUCUUGCAACCAUCGUCAUCUGGAGAAUAUGCUAUGGCACGAAUUGAUGAUGUGGUUAACAUGGUACAGCGUACAUCGUUAUGGCCACUCACCUUCGGAUUGGCCUGUUGUGCUAUCGAAAUGAUGCACUUUGCUGCUCCACGAUACGAUAUGGAUCGUUAUGGUGUUGUAUUUCGUGCUUCCCCGAGACAGACCGACUUGAUUUUCGUUGCUGGGACGGUAACAAACAAGAUGGCACCAGCGCUUCGGAGGGUAUACGAUCAGAUGCCAGAAGCUAAAUGGGUGAUUUCUAUGGGCUCAUGUGCAAAUGGCGGCGGAUAUUACCACUACUCCUACUCAGUGCUUCGUGGAUGCGAUCGUAUAAUUCCGGUUGAUAUAUAUGUUCCCGGAUGUCCGCCAUCUGCUGAGGCGCUUCUCUAUGGUGUUCUGCAGCUACAGAAGAAAAUCAAGCGGAAGCGUGAAGCUCAACUAUGGUACAGACGUUAAGCGGAGUUCGUCGAAGUGCCUAGGGCUGCAACAUGUUGUAAAUUUUCGUAGUAAAUACCUCGUGUAUGUUUAGUUGCUACCUCCUGUAUGUGUUUAUAUAUAUGCGGGAUUUUAUCUAUGUUUCGAGGUUUAGAGCUUAUAAAGUUUAGACAUCCUUGAAGUU